CUUGGCUGGGAGGAAGUGGGUGCUACGAAAGCCUGUCGGAUUGUCUGAAGUUGGACGCUGGGCAGCGGAAGGCGCGGGGGAGGGAGAGCCGGCCCGUUUGCGGGCCUCCGCUUGGCAGGAGGUUUUUAGGGAGCCACAAAAUCUCCGCGGGCUGCUGCUAGUUCUCAUGAAGACCAUGCGAUCCUGCCUGGGAACGAUGCCGUCUGUUUGGAGCCAGCCGUCAAUGCCCUGGCUGCUUCUGCUGUAAGGCAGGGGCGAGGCCGAAAGGUGGCCCUGGAGAUUGGGGUCCGACUGCUUUUCCUGCGUUGAGAGGGCGGAGGGGGUGGGUGAGCCUGAGCUGCUCUCCCUCCCCUCCCUUCCAGAAGGAACCCAUAGGCAAAAUCUUCUCCGUGCCCUGCAGUUCUCACUGCACUCCCCGCUGGCCGCCGGGCAGGGCCAGCCAUCCUUCCGGCCAGGGCCCCAGGGCCUCGCCUCGCUCAUCCCGAGGUGAGAUGCGGGCCUCCCUUGCGGGGGACCAAAUGGCAUCGGGGAGAGGAGAAACAGCUGCCCUUCACCUCCAGCUACAGGGGGCUGCCGAGCCGAGCCCGCGGCCGGCCCCGAAGAUGGAGGAGACGGCCGCGCAAGAGAUGGGGCGGGGAGGAGUCUCGCGGUUCCUUCAGAUCGGCUCCACGCGGGAGUUCUUAUCCGGAGAGGCUUCCCGCCACGUCAAACGGGAGCCGGACGAACUUCUCCCGCCCCACCACUGGGCUCCCCCCAGACAGGAGUUUUCCAAGUAUCCUCCAUCGGGAUGGAGGAACCCAGCCCUACCCAAAGCCCUGCCGUGGGACAACAGCUCUUUCCAGGCCCCCUACGAGCCCCCGGCCAGCCCCAGCCCCUGGCCCUCGGGAGGAUGGGGAGGCCAGACUCUGCCCAGCCUGGGCAGGGAAACGCCGCCAGUCUAUAGUGGCCAGGAGCACCGGGAACGGAGGAGCUACGGGGGCCUCAAGGAAGAGGCUCUGGCCGAAGGGACGGUCAGCGUGGAGAUCCGGCGUCAGCGUUUCCGACGUCUUCGCUAUCAGGAGGCCGAGGGUCCCCGGGAAGCCUGUCGGCAGCUGCAGGAACUUUGUCACGAGUGGCUGCGGCCGGAGAGACGGACCAAGGAGCAGAUCCUGGAGCUUCUGAUUCUGGAGCAGUUCUUGAUCAUCCUCCCCAGGGAGAUGCAGAGCUGGGUCCGGGAACGGGGUCCGGAAACCUGCAGCCAAGCGGUGGCCUUCUCGGAAGAGUUCCUGGUGCGGCAGAGAGAGACCCAAAGGAAAGAGCAACGGGUGAUGUGGUCCUUCGAUGACGUGCUGGUGAACCCUACCCGCCCACCGCCCGUCCAGUAUCCUGCCAUGACGCAGCAGGUCCAUUACCCCACAGUGGCGCUGUCCAUGCAGUACCCACUCUUGGCACCACAGUCCCAGUAUCCUGCUCUCGGACAGUCGGCUCCCCAUCUCGUUAUGGCGGAGCGAGUGCCAACAAAUGCACGGCAGAGGAUGAUCAGCAGGAAGUCUGUAGCAGACGACGGCGCCACCCUCCGCCCUUACGGGCCCAUCCAGGAGUUCCGGAGGCCCCUCACCAACGCCGAGCGGAUGCGAAACCGGCGGAUGCGAAACCGGAAGCAGCGCUUGGAGACCAGCAUGCAGCUGGUGGAGUCGGCCUCCCGGGCCCCUUCGAUGCUGUUGGAUGCCAUGCGGGGCCUGCACUGCCACGAUCUGAAGGCCUUUGACAGGGCCAGGCAGGAAGAGAGGCAGUACCGCAAGCAGGAGCGGCGGCAGGAUCGAGCCACGGCGCAGCUGAUGGUCACCGCCAUUGAGCGCUCCCACAAAGACCUGGGCGAGUUCCUGGGAAGGCAGACCUCCACCAUGGCCGCCAUCGCUGAGGUGUUUACGGGUCAGAGGUCACCUGCCCAGGGCGCCUAUGCCCACUACAGCUCUUACACCGGGUACAGCAACCCGCCCUGGGGUCCUCCAGAGCCUGGAGCUCCAGUACCGUCCGGCCACCUCCCUGGCAUGCCUUCCGAGCCGGUAACCAGUCCGGUCGUUCCCUGCCCGGUGCCUCCUGUGGCCCUGCCUGGUGGCAGCGGUGACCCAGUCCUGGAGCCAGCUCCCACCGUUGGACCAAUUGAGGCAGCUGCGCCCGACUCCCCAAAGCCUUCCACUUCCGAUGCCACUUCCCGUGGCCUCGAUGCCAGGCCCAGCAGGGGCACCAAAAGGAAGACGUGGGACUGAGGACCCGUAGCUCGCUCUUAAAAAAACAAAACAAAACACAAAACCUGGUAGCUUUUUUUUUUUUUAGGUCAAUUUCAUUUCCGGUUGCCAGCCCGGCAGAUCCCUCCCCCACACUUUGUGUGUGUGUCUCUCUCUGUCCCUAGUCCAGGGGUAGGCAACCUUGGCUCUUUUAUGACUGGUGGACUUCAACUCCCAGAAUUCCUGAGCCAGCAUGGCUCAGCUUGGAAACCUCUCCCUUUCCCCUCAGCAUGGCUGGCUCAGGAAUUCUGGGAGUUGAAGUCCACCAGUCAUAAAAGAGCCAAGGUUGACUACCCCUGCGGCCUAGUGUGUUAGGAGGACAGCCCAUCUAUCUAUGCAAGGAAGCGUAAGGCAGAGCUUCAGGCCCAUAAGAAGGAUUGUUGCGGGCUUCCAAGUCCCCAUGAUUGCAGAUUAUAAAAGAAAGGAAGCAGCAAAGAGUUUGAUCUGUGGGAGGUGGAAUUAAUUAACAGUGCAGCUUUGGGGCAAGUUGCAUUUGCCCGUCUGCAAAAUAGGAAUAAUCAACCCACGUUUACGUAGUCACUUAAAAAACAGAUCACUAUAAAGGUCAUUUUACUUCUCCGGUAAUUAAAAGAAGGUGGGAAUUUUAAGCUCUUCAAAUGGCCAUACUCGUCUUCCCAUUUCUCAGUUACAAUUUAUUUAUUAUAUUUAUUGUAUAUAUGUAUACACACACAAACACACACAUACAUAUAGGGCCUAAUAAUAUUGAAGAACCCAGUUGGUUCCAACAAUCAAAAUAUACAGGCUUGCAAAGUUAAAACAGUGAUAGAGGGUGGGGAAGAAAAAAAAGUACAGUAUUUACUGAGCUGCUGCUUUGAGUUAAGAUUCCUUUUAUACCCAUUUUGCAGAAGGGAGGGCAGGGAUUGAGGCUGAGGAUUCGAGGUGUGCCAAAACGGUUGGCGCUUAGAAAGGUCCCAAAAUGGUGGGUUUUGACUUCAUGGGCAGAUCCUUUGUAACCUCUGGAAUAAUCCCCACCUUUUUGGGAGAUCUCAAAUCAGGCUGGAUUUCUGAAAAAGUUUAACAUUCCUCUACCAAGUCUCAGUUACAUCAGGUUGACUGUUUUUCUAGAUCCUAAUACUUUUUUUUUUUAAAAAAUGUGCACCGUUUUUGGUUUUACAUCAAGGAAGGGUGUCUUGAAAUACAUGGCUGUUUCCGGCAGGAUAACUUUAUAUUUUCUAAUGUAAAGAGUUCCCAGCCCUCCUUUUACCCUGCUUUUGCUGAGAAAUUAGGCUUUUUCUUCCACUUUAACACCCCCCCCUCCAGUAAACUGAACAUUAGCCAGCCUGUUGUCUGGAUUCUGGACAUAGUAUUUUACACCUCCUGUUGAAACAGACGGCAAAAGAACCACGGCUUUCCUGGUCUGUUUCUCGUUGGUGUGUUUGGUUUUUUUUUUUUUUUUUAAAGCUCACUUUGUCCCCAACGUGCUGGGUAGAAAGGCUUAAAAUGGAGCUGGGGAUUAUGGCAAGGCCUAUCAUUUUCCGAUCUAAAAUGACUUUGGGCGUUGCAGGUAAAGUCCUGCUUAGCCCAGGAAGUGAUUUAAGUUGGGGAUGAAGGGCUGGCCUGCAUCAAGGAGCCCAAACCACGAUUCCAGCUUCCUGUGAGGGACCUCAAGGGUUGUCUCCAAUUUCCUGCUCUUAGUGCUCUUAUGUUAGCCAGCCGCAACGCGGCUGGGGUGCCCAUGUUUGUACGCGCAAAUAAAUAAAACUAGAUUGUCGAAGACUG